AUGCCAACCAAGGACCGAGGGAAUCAGAAAGUGAAGUGCAGUGGAACCACGAAGAGAAAUGCCCUCCUUCCCAGCGUCCCUCCGGCAGCCACUCCUGACAAGCUUCACAUCGUUCCAGCUGGCAAGUUAGCAAUGCUCCAGGCAUACAGCCGAGCAGUGGAGCUGGGAUUUGGGGAGCUUUGGAAGAGGAUUCAUGUAGUGUUCUCGAGGCAACGUGGCAGGCUUCUUCCUCCAGGGGCCCCAGCCUCCCCUUCAGUCAGGGAGUCUGGCCUGGAGCAGGCUGAAUCCCCGGCGGUGUUUCUAGAGCUGGUCCUGUUGAGCUUGAAGAGUGAGGUGGAGCUCAGAGCUGUUUCUUUUCUGGCACUGACUCUGCAGCAGCCGUACGAGGGCCUCCUGGGCAGCGUGAGGCUCAGCCAGGCCCGAGGGGAGGGAAGGCUACUGGCUACCCUCGGAAGUGGCAGCACCUGA